UCCCGUCUCCUUCGCUAAGGCCCAAUCCCCACACCCAAACAACCUGCCGAGAAAGUAACCGGGCCAGACAACGCCCUCUCGCCUGCUCUUCAACUUGGAAAGAGUUCUGCUGCAAGGAAGGCAUCCAAUCCAUGCGAGACGAGACCCCAGCAUCCCCACCUAUGGACUCCGACAGUCUAUUUUACUGAACACCAGGCUUCAGGACUGCUAUGUGGACUCGCCAGCCCUCACCAACAUCUGGACAGCCAGAACGUGUGCAAAGCAGAACAUCAAUGCCCCGCCACCAGAGUAAAGAAAGUUCAAAGGAGAAAAAAGAAACAGUCUGCCAAGAUCUUGAGAGCAGAUAUGCUGAACAUGUGGCUGCCACCCAAGUGCUACCCCGGGACAUUGGGACAACAGCCUGGAAGGGCCGAGCGUUGCUUCCUGAAACCAGAAAGAGACCGCAGUUGUCAGAGGACACGCUAACUAUCCACGGCCUGCCCACAGAGAGUUACCGGGCUCUGUACCACACUGUGGUCGAGCCGAUGCUGUGGAAUCCUUCAGGGACCCCCAAGAGGUACAGCUUGGAGUUGGGCAAGGCCAUCAAACAAAAGCUCUGGAAAGCUCUGUGCAGCCAGGCUGCCACCCGCGAAGGCACUCAGAAGGACCUGUCGCCAGGCAGGAAGCGGCUGGAGGUCCACGAGGAGACUAUGCCCAAGAAAUGGCCCAAGUUAAAGAUGGAGAAGUAGGAACGGGAGCUCAUGGGAUCAGGAUAUUCUCUGCUAGAUGUCUGAAAAAUAAACACCACUUUGC